AUGGAAUGGCUUGGUCAUGCAAAGACCACUUUCACUCAUUCACCAACAACACUCAAUCUGAAGAAGAAAGACGGUUCCUCAACUGAUUUACUCGCAAUAUGCCAAGAAUCAACGCCACCAUGUCGUCUCAACCCCUUCCUCUUCAACGGCCAUGUUCAGACCAUGUUGACCUCUGUAAAAGUUGACGGGCCUCCAAUCUUCUACAAACGCAAAAUUUUCGACGCUGAAGAUCCAGCUUAUGAAGGCACCUUUGCUGUGGACUUUGUGGUGAAGAAAUAUACGGAAUCCGACGACGAGCUUCCUAUCCGUACGACGUACUUCAAGGAUGAAGAAUUUGAGGAUAUUGCGUCUUUGGACACACGACCAAUGCUUGUGGUGCUGCAUGGACUGUCAGGGGGGUCUUACGAAAUUUAUCUCAAGCAUGUGAUAGAACCUCUAGUGGAUGCAGAAGGAGACCGUCAGUGGGAGGCGUGUGUCAUCAACUCUCGAGGUUGUGCUAAGCACAAGAUUACAUCCAGUGUGUUGUACAAUGCCAGAGCUACGUGGGACACCCGGCAAACGGUCAAGUGGUUGAGAAAGAAGUUCCCGAAUAGACCACUCUUCGGAAUUGGCUUCUCCCUAGGUGCCAAUAUCUUAACGACUUAUCUUGGUGAAGAAGGGAGCCACUGCAUGCUGAAAGCCGCCGUGGUAUGUUCCAACCCCUGGAACUUAGACGCCGGGUCUUUAGCUCUUCAGAGAACCUGGCUAGGAAGAGAAAUCUACUCCAAGACAAUGGCAGCAAACAUGAAACGACUUAUCGAGCUUCAUCACGAUCAAAUCUCUCAAAACCCCAAACUCGACUGGGAGAAGAUAAGAAACGUCAAAUAUCUACAUGAGUUUGAUCGCGAAAUCCAGGGGCCUACUUGGGGGUAUCCCACUGAGGGGGCGUAUUAUCGGGAUGCCUCUAGCACAGAUUCGUUGUUCGCAGUCAAGAUUCCACUUUUUGCUAUCAAUGCAGAGGAUGAUCCAAUUGCCGUCAACGAAGCAUUGCCGUACCAAGAAAUGAAGCAGAGCCCUUAUACUGUCCUCUGUACAACAUCUCUCGGUGGCCAUUUAUCCUGGUUCGAGAUUGGAGGUCAUCGAUGGCACGCUCGUCCGUGUGUCAAUUUCCUCAACAAGAUGGCGUUUGAGGUAGAAAUCGAGGCACCUGCUUCUAUGACUAACGGAGAGGGUACUGCUAAGCCAGGCCACGAAAUGUUUGUCGCUAUGCGCAGAAAAUGGCACAGAUGA